CUACCCCCUAUAUUGUAAAACAUGCACUUUCAUUGUCAUCCACGUGCAUGAAACUUACUCCAAAAAUUGUAAAUAUUAUUCUCACUAGUUAUUAUAAUGGAUCCACUUGGCAAAAUAACAGGUGAUCAAUUGAUAGCAGGGUCCAGUCUUUUAUCAAGACCGGCAGAAGAAUUUGAAAAUGACCAAACUAUCGAAGCAUUGUGGGCAAUGAAAGCUGGCGAGCAUGCUGAAAUUUAUUUCAAUAUUUUAUGUUCAGUGGAUCCUAGAAUUUUAAAAAUUUCUCCCCAUGACGAUCAAAUAUAUAAAGCAUUUAGAGAACAAUUUCCUAAUUUAUCAGUAGCAAUAAUAAAUGAAGAUGAAAUGAAAUCACCGGAAGGAAAGAGUCAAUGGCGACCUUUUUGUGAGCACUUCAAAAACAUUGUAGAAAACUACAGCAUGGGAACUUUACUCCGAAUAGAUUGUACAGGAGAUUAUUCUGAAGCCAACAGUAUGCUGACAACAAGAAUUCAAUUUCUAGCCAUAGAAAUAGCUAGAAAUCGAGAAGGAUAUAAUGAUGGUAUUAGAGAUAAGUUUAGCACUAGAAACAAAUCAACAAAUUCACAGUAAUUAAUUUUUCUAUCUUAAUUUGUAUUUUUUAUACUUAAAAAUAUAAAAAUUAACACAUUCAUUCUCUAA